AUGGCCGGAUCCAUCAAGAAAGUCGUCGUUCUUGGAGCCACAGGCAACGUUGGGAAGCCCGUAGUAACCGCUCUCGCCGCUGCCGGCUACACGGUCACCGCCGCCUCUCGCACGGCAGGGCAGAAAUUCCCGGACCCCAUCAUCCCCGCCACCGUCGACUACAGCUCUGUGGACGCCCUCGUCGAACUCUUCCAAGGGCAAGAUGCCGUGGUGGAAGCAUUCCCUCCCAACGCGGCGACCCUGCAACCCACCAUCGUGGAUGCCUGUCUCAAGUCCGGCACCAUCAAGCACAUUAUCACACCCGAUUUCGCCGGCGACACAUUCUCCCCGCACAUCACAGAGUUGCCGUUGUACGUGCCCAAGGUCGAAGCCCAGAAACAACUCGAGGAGAAAAUCAAAGGCACCGAUCUGACUUGGAGCGCCAUCAUCACGGGCGGAUGGUAUGACUGGGCGAUCCCACUCGGAUACUAUUGGAUCAAUCCCCAGACCAAUACCAUCAUGGUCUAUGGCAGCGGCAACCAGCGCAACAGCAUGUGUCGAGUGGGCACCGCCGCCAAGGCCGUGUGCGAUGUCCUGGCUGAUCCGCGCAAAUUCCAAAAUCGACCUGUCUACGUUGCUGAUCAUACAGUGAGUAUGAAUCAGCUGAUCCCAAUGCUCGAGGAGGUACGUCCGGGCUGGAACAUUGUCAAAGUCGACCUGGAUGAGUUGUUCGCCGAGGCCAAAAGAUUGUGGGACGAAGACACCGAGAAAGGGGUGGAGGUCAGACUUCUCACCAAAGCAUAUAACGCGUAUGGAACUUUCGGUAUCUUCGAAGAAAACAAUCGAUACAACGCGGAUUUCGAGGCCAAGAUUGAACCGGGAUAUGGAUAUCAGAAGAGUGUGGAGGAAUUGAAGGAAGAGUUGAAGACACUAGUGGGAGGAACAUAA